UGCAUUUUUCCAGAUACCUGUCACUUUUUGGCUGCUGUGGUCGCUGAACUGGCUCGUCUCGUAAACUUUGGAGACCUCAUUUCGCCUUUCUCUGGAUCACGUCCCCAAGUUUGAGGAUCUGCCAUUUAAAAUGAGCAGCAUGGUCCUCCACCGUAUGCCGAGCGACAAGGCAGACGCAUGUGACGAACAGCACAAAGAAGCGGACACAUUGUCCAGUGAAAUACUGAUCAAGCACCCCUUACAACAUCGCUGGAGCCUGUGGUUCUACAAGAACGACAAGAACAGAACCUGGGAGGAGAAUCUCCUGGAGAUCACGUCGUUUGACACUGUGGAAGACUUUUGGGCGCUCUACAAUCACAUCGAAGUAGCAAGCAAGCUUCCGCUCGGAUGUGAUUACUGUCUGUUCAAGCACGGGAUCAAGCCCAUGUGGGAAGACACACGGAACAAAGCUGGUGGACGUUGGCUGUUUAACCUCAACAAGAAUCAGCGGACGACAGACCUUGACAACUACUGGCUGGAGAUUCUGCUCUGUCUGAUAGGUGAAGGCUUCGACGAGUUCAGUGAAGACGUGUGUGGAGCUGUCGUCCAGAUUCGCACAAAACUGGACAAGAUAGCAGUAUGGACAGCGGAUGUACGGAGGGGGGAGGCAAACAUUAAAAUUGGGAAGACCCUGAAGGAGCGGUUAAACAUGCAUCCUAGGGUGAUCGUUCCAUUUCAGGCUCACACAGACACUCAACAAAAACAAGGAUCAACAGCAAAGGCUAGAUAUCAAGUUUAAUGGAGUAGGGAAACUAAAUCUGGAGAUGGGAAAAGUAUCAACUUGUAAAGGAAAAAAAAAAAAAACUCUGCGGGACAGGAAAUUCUAUGCAAGCGAAUAGCGUCCGACUGGAACCAGUGUGUUCGGCCAGCCUCCCCUCAUAACCUUGUAUAAACGACGCUGGGGGUACUGCCACAUCCUUGUUCCGGUCCUGAAAAAAAACUUCAAAAUUCUUCAGCAUUUUUCUUGUGGAAGCCGGCAUGUGUGGACUUUUUCUUUUCAUCUUUUCCAAUGCAGUCUUGUUUCUCGACAUGCCGAGAGUGGAAAAAAAGCGAAGCAUGCCUGUUCUAGUUUUGUUUACGUGAAUGCAGGAUGUGCAGAUCCGAUGCUUAUUUUGUCAUGGCAUAAAAACAUGGUGGCAUGAAAACAGUUUUGUAUGUUGCAUUUCUUUUUCCUGGUAUUGCUCAGAGUGGAGUGUCUGUGUUUGGGUAUUUAAUAUAAACUUUUUUGUGUAAAUGAUGUUUUCCGUGCAAAUAAAUGGCUUAUUUUGAAGCGA